GCGGGGGAGCGACGGCGCCUGCGCGUGGUGGUCGGGAGCGCCGUGGUCCGUCCUCCCGCCGGCCGCCAUGGCGCAGCGACGACUGACCGACUUCUUCGGGCUGAGCAAGGGCGGCGGGCUCCUGCGGCCUCCCGCCAAGCGGAGGGGCAGCGCCGGGACCCGCCCGGGGACCCCGGCCCGGGCACCCCCUCCCGACGCCGCCCCCGCCCUCGGCCACAGCGGCCGCAAGCGGAGCCGCCCCGGGGGAGACGGGCCCGCCGGCGACAAAGCCGGGAGGGCCGCCAGGAGGAGGCUGCUGCUGCUGCCGCCGCCGCCGCCCCAGACACACACGCCCACAACCCCGGAGUCCAGUCCUUGCACCCCGGAUGCCUGCCGCAGCUCACCCCCCGCAUCCUCGGACAAGAAAGCGAAGGACCUACAUACCGCCACCCUCCCCCCGCCCACCCCGAGGCCCAAGGGAGGGUCGCCAGCAGGCCUCGCUCCAGGGGAAAAGGUCCUGACGAAGCAGAGCCUCACGGAGCUCAAGUCCCGAUUGGAGAGGAUCCAGACGCUGUCCCAGAAAGUCAAGCUCCCUCCACCUUCUCUGAAGACCGAGUCUGACCUAAAGAGCCGCCUGAGCCAGGCCCGGACGCUUGAGGCCCGAAUUCGGGACAGGAGGGCAGAAAGAGAGAAAAAAGCAGACUCCCAGAGCCCCAGGGAAGAGGUGAACCUUCAAGGAGAACCGAGCAGCGCGUCGGCCCCCGCCUACCAGCGGUUCCACACCCUCGCCCAGGACACUCCUCCCGGCCUCACGCUGCCCUACAAGUACAAGGUCCUGGCCGAGAUGUUCCGCAGCAUGGACACCAUCGUGGGGAUGCUCUUCAACCGGGCCGAGACCGUGACCUUUGCCAAGGUCAAGCAGGGCGUGCAGGACAUGAUGCGCAAGCGGUUCGAAGAGCAGAACGUCGGGCAGAUCAAGGCCGUGUACCCCAGCUCGUACGAGUUCCGGCAGGAGAAGAACAUCCCCACCUUCAGUGACAGCGUGAAGCGGUCGGAUUACCAGCUGACCAUCGAGCCCGUGCUGGGGCCAGCGGAGCUCACGGAAGGGCGGCCCCAGCUGUCCGCAUCCCACCUGCUGCAGCGUCGGCACACCUUCGGCCGCAACCUGGUGAACCUCGUGAAGGAGCAUCACAGGGCUUUCCUGGCCUCCCUCAGCCCCCCGCUGGCCGUGCCGGACGACAAGCUGACACGUUGGCACCCGCGCUUCAACGUGGACGAGGUGCCCGAUGUGGUCCCCGCCCAGCUGCCCCAGCCGCCGCAGACAGACAAGCUGACCACCGCCCAGGAGGUGCUGGCCAAAGCCCGGACCAUGCUGUCGCCCAAGAUGGAGAAGGCCCUGGCCAACGUGGCCACGAAGACGGCAGAGAGCAGCAGCCCGGUCCAGACCGCCGCCGGGGAAGCCUGUAAACCGGUCUCCCCGGCCACUCCGUCCAGUGCCCUGAAGGGCGUCUCCCAGAGCCUACUGGAGAGGAUCCGGGCCAAGGAAGCCCAGAAGGUGCAGGCGCUGAUGACCCGGAACCCGCGGCGGGAGGAACGGCUGGACCUGCUGGCUCGGUUGCCCGAGAUGACCCGUCUCCUCCGCAACGUCUUCGUGGCCGAGAAGAAGCCGGCGCUGGCCAUGGAAGUGGUGUGUGCCAGAAUGAUCGGCAGCUACCGCUCCGCCAUGACCUCCGGAGAAAUGGAGAGACACCUGCGGCUGUUGACCGAGCUUCUCCCCGACUGGCUCAGCGCCCACCCCAUCCGCACAGACACCUACCUCAAGCUGGACAAGACCGUAGACCUCAAUCUUAUUUCGGAGAGGCUGGCUAAAAUAACCAGAGCAGAGGAGGAGGAGAAGUCGUGAGGGUAGGGCUGCCCUUCGGAGGAGCUCCCGGGACGCUUGGAACGCCGUUUAACGUCGUCUGGCAAAACUAAGGUGUGGCGGGGAGUCCUGCAAAGUGACCGAGACUCCCGCAUCUUAUAGCUCCAAGGACCUGGUUUGGUUUUAUUUUCUGAGGGACCACCAAUUUUAUACGGUGUAAUCACAUAAUAAAGGCAACUCUAAGAGGGA